UUUAGAACUUCACUUUCUUUCCCGUUUUAGUGCCGAGUAACAAAUUUUGAGGCGGAGUCCUCAAAUUCACGGCGGAUUUUAAUCCAGCGAUGAACCUUGAUGGAUGCGCGCACCUGAGAAGCUUCAAGACACGAAAAGGGACCGAACCGUUUCGUAUUGUGCAUUCCUAUUUUAUCAUCGCUGCUUCCCAAGAGGCGAGAAAGAGAAAGGCAAAUUCGUGUUACUGUCAUAUGUGUAAGCAACAUAGGCCGAGGCUACAUGCCUGUCUACACUGUGUAUUCUUUGGAUGUCAUGGGGCCAGACACAUCCACGAGCAUGCCCGUGUUAAACAACACAACUUGGCCGUGGACCUGUCCUAUGGAGCUGUGAUGUGUUUCUCCUGUGGUGAUUACGUAUACGAUCGCGAGCUUGAGACCAUAGCAAGAGACCAGAGACGCAAAGCUGCAAAAAAUGGCCAAGUGAAGGAGCUAUGCUGUCCAUGGGACCCAACGUCUGCAGAGAUAGAACUUCUCCAACGGAAUCCAAAACGGAGAAAAAUCACAGAAAGUUCCACAAUAGGUCUACGAGGGCUCAUCAACUUAGGAAAUACAUGCUUCAUGAACUGCAUCGUUCAGGCGCUGACGCACACACCGUUGCUACGCGACUACUUCUUAGCGGAUCGGCACAACUGUCAGAUGGAGGACAAUGCCAACAUGUGUCUAGUGUGCGAGCUUUCCAGGUUAUUUCAAGAGUUCUACUCAGGAGUGCGGGUACCUCACAUCCCCUUCAGGCUGCUACAUCUCGUAUGGACGCACGCACGCCACCUAGCGGGUUAUGAGCAGCAGGACGCUCACGAAUUCUUCAUCGCAGCUCUAGACGUAAUUCACAGGCAUUGCAAGGGUCAGAAUAGUGAGUCGGAGACUAACCCUCAUCACUGCAAUUGCAUCAUUGACCAAAUAUUUACCGGAGGCCUGCAGUCAGACGUCACCUGUCAACACUGCAGGUGCGUGUCGACAACAAUAGACCCGUUUUGGGACAUCUCGCUUGACUUGGGGAGCGACGACGCGAGAAACAACAACAACGACACAGUGAACAGAGGGACGUCGUCGGGAAAACUCAAUGGCUGUGAUAACCAUCCCGAAUCCACGACGCUCACGGACUGUCUGAAGAGGUUCACACGAGCGGAACAUUUGGGCAGCUCCGCGAAGAUAAAGUGCAACGCUUGCCAGAUCAAUCGGGAGUCGACGAAGCAGCUCACAAUGAAGAAGCUGCCCCUGGUGGCGUGCUUUCAUCUGAAGAGAUUUGAGCACUCCACAAGAUACCACAAGAAGAUCUCCACGUACGUUUCCUUCCCACAGUAUCUAGACAUGACGUCCUUCAUGUCCUCUCGACGAAAUGACAACGGAUACAUCAAUGGCACAAUAGCAGAGAUAAAUAGUGAUAACAAUAGGUACGCCCUGUUUGCGGUGGUCAACCACCUGGGCACUAUCGAGUCGGGCCACUACACCUGUUACAUCAGACAGCACAAGGACCAGUGGUUCAAAUGUGACGACGCGCUCAUCAGCAAAGCAACCCUGCAGCAAGUGUUGGACAGUGAGGGCUAUCUCUUGUUCUACCACAAGCAGUUUCUGGAGUACGAGUAGCAGAGACACCUGGUGGCUGGGGAACGGAGGAAUACACCGUGAACCGGACCCAAAUCACAUGCGGACCUCAGCAACUGGCUAAUAGUGAACGCGGUUUCACUAAAACACAAACUAGUCAGACGGUAGCUGUUUUUUAGCUAAAUGUUGGCCGCAUCGCUAGUGUAGGAAAAACAGAAAACACCAACAGAAAAGAACGUGUCUGUCUCUCGCGAUUAUGUGCUUAUAGUACGAUAUUGUCUUUCAUUCGUUAAUGGAUCCAGACGGGUGCCAGUCUAUCAUGAAAAUUUUUGCUAGAUGGUUAGUGAGCUCUUCGAUGUCCAAGAUGGUCUCUGUCAAGAUAGGCAACUCGGAGACUACUACUGUGAGAUGUUUAGCGUUCUCUGUGUUCACCUAGCGUGUCUUCGAAGUUGUCAAACGUGGGGUGUCGUGUCUGUGAUGCUUUCGGUACAUCGCACAAUAAUAGUUCACGACAAUGAACUCUGUCGUUGCAACCCUCCGCGCGUGGCGCUAGCGCUGUCGCUAAUUUCAAAGUGCCACUGGAGGG